AUGGGAAGAUUUGUGCAGUCUGGUCUGGAGGCUGAACCCGGGACAGGAAAUUCACAGGGUGGGAGGCCAGUGACCUUCGAGACGGUGGCUGUGUAUUUCACCAGGGAAGAGGGGGCUCUGCUGGACCCCACUCAGAGAGCUCUGUACAGAGACGUCAUGCAGAACUGUGAGAAUGUGACCUCAGAGGGGUUUCCAGUUUCCCAACCUGAUGUGAUCUCCCAGCUGGAACAAGGGGAAGAGUCAUGGGUCCCAGACCUCCAGGGUUCAGAGGAAAGAGAGAUGCUGAGAGCUUCCUGCAUAGCAGGUGACGCAAUGGUAUGUGAGAAAGAGGAGCAGAAUUCUCAGCAGGAAAAUGUUGAGCAAGUGGAUAAACACAGAGAAUUAUUGCAAAGAUCAAAAAGAAAUGUGUCAAAGAGUCAUGAGCAGGGAAAAUCAUGCAAGACUCAGCCCACACCAGAAAGAGAGCAGGGAAACCAGCCAGGAGAGAAAAUGGGUAAAUUUAUUUCCUGUCAGGGAACUCAGAAGAGCGUCAAGGAAACCACAACACAGCAGUUAAUCAUCAUAGGAAAGAGGGAACGUACAUGCAGUGAGUGUGGGAAAAACUUCACUUGAAGAUCAACCCGUUCUGUUCAUCAGAGAAUCCACACAGGGGAGCGGCCCUAUAAAUGCCAUGAAUGUGGAAAAUGCUUCACUAAGAGCUCAGCCCUUUCUGCACAUCAGAGAAUCCACAUGGGGAAGAUGCCCUUUGAAUGCCAUGAGUGUGGGAAAACCUUCAGUCGCAGCUCACAUCUUAUUCGGCAUCAGAGAUUCCACACAGGGGAGAGCCCCUUUGAAAGCAGUGAGUGUGGGAACACCUUAGGGCCCAAAGAAAUUUUGUCCAACUCCACUUCCUAGUUCAGUGUGUCUCAUUACCCUUUCAGAGGAUACCAGGGUUAGAUUGAGAACAAUCAUCCUUCACCGUUUGGAUCCAAAGAGAGAGUGCUUCAUAGGACAGUCCUUCCCCUUGGAUCCCAAACUGGCUGCCUGAGUGGAUAACAAGGACUUUCAGACUGUAGAAAUGAUGGUAACCAAUGAGACAACAAAUGUGUCAAGCUCCAAUUUCAGACUUCUGAAUACUCGCAUGUUGAGUCCUGAUUCUAAGGUUUUGUGUCUGAUGCUCUAGCUACACAAUAAAGCUGAUG